AUGCAAGAUCUCACCUCAUGGGGCAUCAAUGAUCAUGAGGAAGACUCCCUGCAGCUCUCUCUCACUGUCUCUGAAAAGGAGGUUCCUGCUGAGCAACAGCACUGUGAGCAGAAGUGGAGACCCAGUCUGGGGCAGGAGGACCCAGAGCCCACACAGAUUAAAGAGCAAGAGGAGGAAGUUAAGACCACUGACCUGCAGGAGCAUGUGACUCACGCCAAGAAGAGACCCAGCGAAUGCCGCCUCUGCAAAAAACGCUACACCUCCACCUGUAAAUUGAAGGUCCAUGUCCAAAUCCGUCACAUGGAGAAACCCUGCACCUUCCCUUUUGUGGCAAUUCCUUCCAAACUCAAAGGACAUCUUUUCAGGCACAUGACGAUUCACACAGGAGAGAAAUCAUUUAGCUGUGGUGACUGUGGGAAAAGCUUCAAUCGGAGGGGGCAGCUGAAGGUGGGAAUAAAAAAGCAGGAUGUGGACAAGUCUCAGCAAAGCACCUCUGGACCAUUCCUGACGUUGUCUUAA